AUGUCUGUCGCCGGGUAUCGUACCCUUCAACAUGCCACUCGCCACUCUCAAAGUGAAGACCACUCCGGCACUCGCGUCCAAAAACUCCAUGUUGUGGUGACCAAAAUCUCGGACUCGAACCCCUUUUCAACCUUGUUCACUGCCGGACCCUCUACCGAGGAUGACACCCCUGCCAUUGCCCCAGUUGGGUGCCGAGGUCGGCACUUCACGCACAAGCAUUUCAUCCUAACAUAUAGGGUACUGAUACGCACGUCCAGCUUCACCGGCAGUAUCGGUGUAGAUAAAAUUGCGUCCCAAAAUGCCGCUGCCAAGUCGAAUUCGGAGAGUGUUGCAUUAGAGUUGAUCGGCUGCUGA